GGGAGCCCUGGGACGCGACAGGCGAGGGCUCAGCCACAGCCUCAGCCGCCUCCGAGCGGCAGGAGGGAGCCGCCGGUCGCUGCGCCCAACCUGCUACUUUCCCGAGACUUGGCUCCUCUCCCCCGGGCGGAGAUCUUACUCGGCGCCCCUCGGGGUACCCCUGCCCAAAUCUCUCGCAACGACAUGGAAGAAUUUUUGCAACGCGCCCAGUCUAAACUGAAUCGAAGCAAACGCCUGGAGAAGGUCCAUGUAGUUAUUGGACAUAAAUCCUGUGACUUGGAUUCUCUCAUAUCUGCCUUCACUUAUGCUUAUUUCUUAGACAAGGUCAGCCCCCCUGGGGUUCUCUGUUUGCCAGUGCUGAACAUACCAAGAACUGAAUUCAAGUACUUCACUGAGACCAGGUUUAUUUUAGAAGAGCUAAAUAUCUCUGAAUCAUUCCACAUAUUCCGCGAUGAAAUUAAUCUGCAUCAGCUGAACGAUGAAGGGAAGUUAUCUAUAACGCUUGUGGGCAGCAACGUGCUGGCAAGUGAGGACAAAACUUUAGAAUCAGCCAUUGUCAAAGUCAUUAAUCCAGUUGAGCAGAAUGAUGGCAGGCUUGAGUUCCAAGAGUCUUCCUCCUCCCUCGUGGUGAAGGAGAUUCUCCAGGAAGCUCCUGGGCUCAUCACCGAACAGCUGGCUCAUCUCCUCAGAGGUAGUAUCCUUUUCAAGAUGAUGACCAUGGAGUCCGAGAAGAUGUCAGAGAAGCAGGAGGAAAUUUUAUCUCUCCUGGAAGAAAGAUUUCCUAGCUUGCCUCCGAGAGAGGACAUUAUCAACAUCCUGCGAGAUACCCAAUUCAAUGCUCAGGGUUUAAGUAUUGAACAGACAAUGCUGAAGGACCUAAAGGAACUGUCUGAUGGAGAAGUAAAAGUGGCCAUUAGUACUGUGAACACGACCCUUGAGAACUGUGUGUUUCAUAGCAAUAUCACCAGUGAUUUGAAAGCAUUUACAGACAAGUUCGGUUUUGAUGCCCUCAUCCUCUGUGCCAGCUACCUAUCAGAGGAGGAACAGCCGAGACGACAGAUCGCUGUGUACUCUGAGAACCUUGAGCUGUGCAGCCAGAUUUGCUGUGAAUUGGAAGAGUGCCACAACCCUUGCCUGGAGCUGGAGCCCUUCGAAUGUGGCUGUGAUGAGAUCCUGGUGUACCAACAGGAGAACCUGUUGGUGACGUGUGACCAGGUGGUUCGCCUUGUCAAGGAAGUAAUCAGUAGGAGGUGUCCAGAGAUGGUCUCCAGCAGCCGGACAUCCUCUACAGAGGCCGUGGCCGGCAGCGCCCCACUCUCCCAGGGAUCUUCUGGAAUUAUGGAAUUGUAUGGUUCUGAUGUAGAGCCACAGCCCAGUUCUGUGAAUUUCAUAGAAAACCCUCCAGAGCUCAGUGACUCUAACCAGGCCCAGGUGGAUGUCAGCAUAGACCUUGUUAGCCCAGAUAGUGGGCUGGCCACCAUUCGGAGCAGCCGUUCAUCCAAGGAGAGCUCGGUUUUCCUCAGUGAUGACAGUCCAGUGGGAGAAGGGGCUGGGCCUCACCACAGCCUCCUCCCAGGGGUCGACUCCUAUAGUCCCAUCCCCGAGGGGGCAGUAGCUGAGGAGCACGCAUGGUCUGGAGAGCGUGGUGAACACUUUGACCUCUUCAACUUUGACCCAGCUCCCAUGGCUUCUGGGCAGUCCCAGCCUUCCUCCCAUUCGGCUGACUACUCCCCAGCAGAUGACUUCUUCCCCAAUAGCGAUUCAUCUGAAGGACAGCUCCCCAUGGAGCCUAAAGGACUCGACGAGAUAGAGAUGGAUGUGUCUAAUUAUUCAUCCAGUUCACUUUUGUCAGGGGCUGGCAAAGAUAACCUUGUGGAAUUUGACAAGGAGUUUGUCCAGAGACAAGAGAGUCCCAGGGAUAACUCUGAAAGAAAUCUGAGCUUCACAGGUUUUGGGAGCGAUGAAUCUCCUUCACCGGAAAGGCUGAAAAAUAUCGGAAAGAGGGUCCCACCAACACCUAUGAAUAGCUUUGUAGAAAGCUCACCAUCCACUGAAGAGCCACCUCUACUCUAUCCAGAAGCUCUGACCCAAAAAGCAGUUGACGUGGGUCAUGCAGGGCCGCCUCAGCUCCGUGCACGGUGCAGCAGCUGGUGGGGUGGUUUGGAAAUUGACUCGAAAAAUAUUGCAGAUGCGUGGAGUUCUAGCGAACAGGAAUCUGUCUUCCAGAGCCCCGAAUCGUGGAAAGACCAUAAGCCAAGCACAGUUGACAGGAGAGCCUCAGAUUCUAUAUUUCAACCAAAGAAUCUUGAAUUCCCCAAGUCAGAGCCCUGGGAGCCUGAAUUUGGUCAGCCUGAGCUGGACAGCAGUAACAGUCAAGACCGAAAUGAGGAAAAUCUGCAGUUUCAGAAUCUGCCAGCUGAGAAAUCACAUUUGCCGAAUGCUUCUCCUCAGGGAACAAACCACCUGAUAGAAGACUUCUCCGCUUUGUGGCAUUCUGAUCACUCCCCCACAGCCAUGCCCGAGCCGUGGGGAAACCCCACAGACGCCGGCAACCCAGCUGCUGCAGCGGCAUUCCCAACCUGGAGUGCGUUUGGCAAAGAAGAUGAUGCCGAAGCUUUGAAAAAUACCUGGAAUGUGCACCCAACGAGCAGUGAGACACCUUUGCUGAGGGACCCGAGUGAGUGGGCCAUAGCAAGAGGUGGGUUUUCUUUUCCUUCAAAAGACAAUUCGCCAAGCGAGGCAAACAAUGAAGGUGCUCCAGAAAUCUGGGGCAAGAACACCGGUGACUCCAGAGACACGCUCCUCAUCUCUGGAAAUCCCAGGUCUGAUCUGGGUCAAACAUGGACUAGUCCUACACCAGCAAAGGAAGAUCAUCAGGGUUUAGUGGAUCCAAGAAGUAGGGGGAAGGUGUAUGAAAAAGUAGAUUCCUGGAACCUUUUUGAGGGGAAUAUCAAGAAAGGAGGAUCAGACAUCCUAGCACCUUGGGAAGAUUCCUUCUUAUCAUAUAAAUGCUCUGACUACAGUGCAUCCAACCUGGGGGAAGAUUCAGUGCCUUCCCCCCUAGACACCAACUACUCCACUUCUGACUCUUAUACUUCACCAACAUUUGCUGGAGAUGAAAAAGAAACGGAAAACAAGCCGCUUGCCAAAGAGGAAGGUUUUGAAUCAAAAGAUGCUAACUCUGCCAUAGGGGAGACUGAAAUGCCUCCUCAAUCACCGCAGCAGUCACCCAGGAAUCGAAUUAGCUCAGGUCCUGGGAACCUGGAAAUGUGGGCUUCACCUCAUGUAGACACUAGCUGUGAAAUAAAUGCCACUCACAGACCAGAACAAGAUUUAUGCAAGACGGAGCCCACGGAGACUGGGAACAUGUCCACAGAGGAUGACCUUGGGGAGAGCAGCCAGUCCAGUUAUGACGACCCCAGCAUGAUGCAGCUGUACAAUGAAACAAACCGCCAGCUCACACUCUUGCACAGCAGCACCAACUCCCGGCAGGUGGCCCCCGACAAUCUUGACUUGUGGAACAGAGUGAUUCUAGAGGACACUCAGUCGACUGCCACCAUCUCGGACAUGGAUAAUGAUUUAGAUUGGGAUGACUGCAGUGCAGGUGUAGCGAUCCCCGGGGAAGGGCCAGCACAAGGAUACAUGGCUGAAGAUGCCGAACCCGAAACCCGAUUCUCAGUGAGACAGCUAGAACCAUGGGGCAUGGAGUACCAGGAAGUAAAUCAGGGCGACUGGGACCUCCCGGCCUCCUCUGAGCCCAGCAAGGACACUGCUCCCAAUGACUAUCACAUACUGAAUGAGAAGAGUGGACAGCUAAUUGCAAAUAAUAUUUGGGAUUCCGUCAUGAGAGAUAACAACAUGUCCUCAUUGAUGUUACCAAGCUCAGCAUAUGUUACAGAUUCAGAACAAAGCAAAUCGCCUCCAGAAACUCCCAGCUCAGCAGAAAAAAGUAAGAACAUUCACAUCCCAGAUGUGCUGGAAGCUUCUGAAGACAGAGAGUUGGGAGCACUUGAUCCUGACAACCAGGACACACGCAGAGGAGCCCUGCCAGGUGAUACAGUGUCCUUGGUGGCCAGGCUUAGGAAUCCAGGCCAGCUGGCAUGCUCAGAUCCGUGGAACAAUCCUAGCUAUGGACAGAGUGACAGUGAGAGGGAAGCCCACAGAGCUGCUGAUCAGGAGCACCUCAGGGAAGAGGAAGAGAUGGAUAGAGCCUCGGGGAUUUCUGGAAAAAGUCAGGAAUGCUCUUCCCCAGUUGCACCUGAACAUCAAGAAAUCUGUGAUGAGCCAGGCAAAAUCAGCUCUUUUUCAAUCACUUCCAGUCCUCAGACUGAGGAACCCCAGGAGGUUUUAGAACAUGAGAAGGUGUCUUACAAUCCAGACCUCUGUGAUGUACAAACAGAGGUUUCUGCAAGUCACCUGCAGGCAAAAGAGACCUUUGAAAAGACCCUCACGAGUCACAGAAAUUCAGAUGAAACUAUUGAGAUUUCAGGUGGGCUUCAGUUAACAAAAACAGUAUCUUUACCUGAAAUAGAUGUUGAGAAAACUGAAAAAGGUAGCAUUCCAGAGCCAGACAGAGUGAACCAAGAACCACCUCAUGAAUGCCCCCAAAGCCUUGAAGUUUGGGAUGGCCCUGGAGACAGUGGUCUGCAGGUCAGCUGUACAGGUUCUGAGAGAACUAAGAACCUGGAAGUUAAGAGUACUGACAAUAGCCCCACGAGGGCCAGUUCAGGAAAUCAUGACAGAGAGAGUACUUCAAGUGAGUAUUCACAUUCAAGCACAUCAAGUCCUGACCUAAAUGAUUCUUCAGCUGCAUUACUUUCCUGGGACCAUGGACCCAAUACUGGGCAUCAGAAGGAGAAUCAAGGUGGUUGGAAUGAACAGAAGCACCAAGAAUCUGAACUAAUUACUGCUGAUGGCCAACUAGAAGUAAUUACGGAAAUGAAGGGCCUGGAGAAAAACAGAAUGGACAGGCUAGAAAAGAGCUUAGAUCACAAGGUUCCUAAAUUUUUAGAGAUUUGGAAUGACUCAGCAGAUGGAGAUUCCCUUUCUGCUUUAUCCAGCCCUGAAACAGGCAAAUAUUCUGAACACUCAGGUGCAUAUCAGGAAGGCAGUCUAGUGGUUAGCCAUCAGGAGAUAAAUGAACAUGACAUUCCAGAAACUGUGCAGCCAGAGGGUGCCAAGUUCAUUUCAGCAAGCUCAGGUUCUGAUGAAGAUAGUGCAGAUGAUGAUGAGUCAGUGGAGAAAGAGAUCCUUUUGGUCACUUCCCAAGUUGCUCAGCAUGAACCCCGAGCUUGGGAUUCAUUGGAUGAAUCUAAUAAGUUCUUGGUCACAGCUGAUUCCAAGUCUGAGGCAUUUUCUGCCUAUGUAGGCAGUUCAGAACCAGCAGAGAAUGAAAAUAAGUCAAACCUACUCUGUGACAAUCAACAAAGCAGCCCUGAUCACUGGAAUUUCUCACCACUAAAGGAGACUGAAAUACAAAUUACAGCAGUGGACAAGGAGACGAGAUCUUCUCCGGAAACAGGGGAGACAGGAGACAUCAUAUGGCAAGUAUCUCCCAAAACUGAACCAAACAAUGAAGAUUAUUCUAAAUUGGAAAUGCUUGGCUUCUCAGCUGAGAGUACCGAGUGGUGGAAUGCCUCUCUAAAGGAAGGGCAACCAAUUGAAAGUACAUUUGAAGGGCAAUCAUCUAACUCAAGUGGUGUGUUAGAGAUGAAUUCUUCAGAAUACCAGAAUGUGGGUCCCUGGGGAGUACCCAUUCAGGACGACACUGAACCCAUGGAAAUGCACUGCACUGAUCCUUUCGGUGAUAAACAGCAGUCACCCUUUCUGGAUGGUAUGGGGGAGAACUCCCACGAGCAACUUUGGAACAUUCAACCAAGGCAGCCUGACUCAGAAGCUGAUCAGCUUAGCCAACUCGUGAUAUUGGGCCAAAUUAAAGAGAAGGAUUCCAGAGAACAAACCUUCUUAUCUUCUGCUGGUGAUGAACUUACUUCUGAAACACCUACCCAAGAGCAGUGUCAGAAUACAGUGCUGUCCAUCUGGGAUCAGCCAGACCCAACAUUUACUCACACAGAUGACAAUGGAUGUGUUAUAUCUAAUGUUUCAACUAUUGAGUGUCAAGAAACAAAUUGGUGGAAAGAAGAAAAAUCAUAUCCCAGGGAAAUGACAAAUUCAAGCAUUGCCUCAGAAGAAUUCCAUGCUGUCAGUUCUUCCACCCAGUUGCUAAAGAAAUCUCCCCCUAGUGAGGGCCCCCAAGGCGAGUUUGUGCCAGAUAUUUUACAUGGCAACUUCCAAGAGAGUGGGCAACUGGCCUCAGCUUCGCCUGACUUGUGGAUGGAUGCUAAGCAGCCCUUCGGUUUGAAAGCAGAUGGUGAGAAUCCUGAUAUACUGACUCACUGUGACCAUGACAGCAGUUCUCAGGCUUCCAACAGCCCUGAUAUAUGCCAUGAUUAUGAAGCAAAGCAAGAGACCGAGCAGCAUGUCGGGGCUGAGACAGGACCUGAAGGGGAAGCCAGGAAGUUAUAUCUCACCGAGCCAAAGAUGGAUGAAGAGCCCAGUCAGGAACCUGGGCAGGAAUUGGUCUCAUACAAUUCAGAACUAUGUUCUGAAAACGCAACUCCGCUGCCUCCAGUCAGUGAUCAGGCAAACAAAAAUGACUCAUCUCAGCCUUCCUCUCACAAAGGUUCUCCUGAACCUUCUGAAAUAAAUGCUGAAAACACUACAGGUUUACAAGCACCAGAAAAAGGAUCCAACCCAGAUGUAGCGCCAUCUUUGGAACCUGUUGACAGAACAGUCUCCAUGGCUGAAGACAUGGGAACCAGUAUUUUUAUAACUCACCAAAAGCCAACCAUGAAUGGCAACAGCUCCUGGAUAUCGGAGGACUUGUCCCCCGAAAGUCAGACAGGUACAGGGGCCAUGUUGGACCAUGAGCCACCUUUUGCUGCUGAGAGUCCCAGUGCAGUUCCUCACAUGUUGCUUGCCUCAGACACUUGUCUGGAUGUAAGCGAAGCUGCCUUUGACCACAGUUUCAGUGAUGCCUCAGGUCUCAACACAUCCACAGGAACAAUAGAUGACAUGAGCAAACUGACAUUAUCAGAAGGCAAUCCUGAAACUCCAGUUGAUGGAGAUGCAGGAAAGCAAGAUAUCUGUUCAUCCGAAGCCUCAUGGGGUGAUUUUGAAUAUGACGUCAUGGGCCAAAAUAUGGAUGACGAUUUAAUGAGAGAGCCUGAACACUUUCACUAUGGUGGCGACCCUCCCUGGGAAGAAGAUGCUCUGAAGCAAUCGCUGGCACCUUACACACCUCCCUUUGAUUUGUCCUUUCACACAGAACCUACUCUUGGUGUCAAAACAACAGAGGACAAUGGCGCUCCAGAGGAUGAGUCUUUGGGAAGUGAAACAGCAGAGAUCUUGCUUUCUGCCCUUCCUGACAGAAGAAGCAAGAAGAACCACGCUGAGACCAAGAAUAGACAGCCUGGAGACCAGCUGGUUGUGCUGCAUAUUCAUGAAGACCCUGAACCAAUGGUUUUGCCGGGAGAAACUGACUCCAACAUCGAAUUGUCUCCUUCAAACACUGACUGGGAAAUAGAAACAGGUCAUUUGGAUUCACCACCAGGUGGAGACAUCGGACCACUAAAUGGUGCCAGCGACGAGGGAAUAUUAGAGUUGGAAGAAGAAAAAAUAAUUCCUAUCAAAGAGCCUGAGCAGAUAGAACCAGAAUUUGGGGAAGAAAGAUACACAGAAAAGAAUGAAGAUCAUCACACCCUACACAUAGAUUACAUACUUGUAAACCAUGAAGAAAAUGCACCCCCUAAGCCAGAGGCGUGUGAAGCAAGAAAAAACAAAUCUGAAUUAGAAGAGUUUCAUGUAGGUUCUGAAGAAACAGGGCUGCCAGGAACUCAGUUAGCAAGCUUUCCAGACACGUGCCAGCCUGCCUCUUUAAAUGAAAGAAAAGAUCAUUCUGCAGAGAGAAUGUCUUGCAAAGAUGCUAAGAGAUCAUCUCUCGAAAGUCCUGGGCAAGACCAGACUUGGAUGGUCUUGGGCCAGAGUGAAGUCUGUGAUCCAUCAGCAGAAGCUAGGGACUCAGGGCCUGGGUGGCUUGGCAACGCUGUGGAACCAGCCACUGAUCCUGGCUUUGGCAAAGGUCCCCAAAUGCAGGUUUCGGGAGAAAUGAAACCUCUAGAAUCUGUAGCUCUAGAGGAAGCCUCUGGUCUGAGCAGCCAAUCAUGGAAGAGCAAGAGCAGAGGCAGGGCUGGCCCAGAUGCUGUUAUGUUGCAGCCCAUCACCCAUGACAAUGAAUGGGAAAUGCUUUCACCGCAGCCUUCUCAGAAAAACAUAAUCCCUGAAACGGAAAUUGAAGAGGAGACAGAGUUUCUUGAGUCCAGAACAGGGAAACCAAGACCAAAUGGGUACUGCACAGUUGACUUCAAGGAGAACACACUCAGAUUACUUAAGAUGCCAAGACCACCCUCAGAGGAUGUAGGAAUGGACAUCCCCUUUGAGGAGGGCAUGCUGAGUCCCAGUGCUGCAGACAUGAGGCCGGAACCUCCUAAUUCUCUGGAUCUUAAUGGCAGUCAUCCUCGGAGAAUCAAGCUCACAGCUCCAAAUAUCAAUCUUUCUCUGGACCAAAGUGAAGGAUCUGUUCUCUCUGACGAUAACCUGGACAGUCCAGAUGAAAUUGAUAUCAAUGUGGAUGAACUGGAUACCCCUGAUGAAGCAGAUUCUUUUGAAUACACUGGGCAUGAGGACCCCACAGCCAACAAAGAUUCUGGCCAAGAGUCAGAGUCGAUUCCAGAAUAUACGGCGGAAGAGGAGCGGGAGGACAACCGGUUGUGGAGAACGGUGGUGAUCGGAGAACAAGAGCAGCGGAUUGACAUGAAGGUCAUCGAGCCCUACAGGAGAGUCAUUUCUCACGGAGGGUACUAUGGGGACGGCCUAAAUGCCAUCAUUGUGUUUGCCGCCUGUUUUCUGCCAGACAGCAGUCGGGCGGAUUACCACUAUGUCAUGGAAAAUCUUUUCUUAUAUGUAAUAAGUACUUUAGAGCUGAUGGUAGCUGAAGACUAUAUGAUUGUGUACUUGAAUGGCGCAACCCCGAGACGGAAGAUGCCGGGGCUUGGCUGGAUGAAGAAAUGCUACCAGAUGAUUGACAGACGGUUACGGAAGAAUUUGAAAUCAUUCAUCAUUGUCCAUCCGUCCUGGUUCAUCAGAACAAUCCUUGCAGUGACACGACCUUUUAUAAGUUCAAAAUUCAGCAGUAAGAUUAAAUAUGUCAGUAGCUUAUCAGAGCUCAGUGGGCUGAUCCCAAUGGAGUGCAUCCAUAUUCCAGAGAGCAUCAUCAAGUACGAUGAAGAGAGAUCUUAUAAGAGAAGUGUGAGACUGGAUGAAGAACUGAGGGAGGCAUCAGAAGCAGCUAAAACUAGCUGCCUUUACAAUGAUCCCGAAAUGUCUUCUAUGGAGAAGGAUAUUGACCAGAAGCUGAAAGAAAAUCCCUAGCUGGCUGUGGCUGGAAGAAGAGGAUGCUUUUCUGCUUCGUGGUUUUGUCGAAACAUAUCUACCUGGAAGAGAGAGGGCCAAUGGUACUUGUUUCCAUUUUGCACUACCUGGUGCCAUUCUAGAUUUCUAAGGGGAAAAACUGUAAGGAGAUUCGUUGAUUCUUAACAUGCUUUACGAAAUUGUAUUUCCCUAUUUUGCCAAUUAUGUGCCUCAAAGAUGUUAGCUGAACCUUCACAAGAGAGCAGGACCUUCCGUUUCAGUAUUCUCAUAACCCUUUGGUGCAGUGAUAUUUCAUCUCUUAAGACUGGUGUUGACCAAUAAGAUCACUUAAGUUCACUACUAAUAGGGAGUGGGUUUGUUUCCCUAGACUGGCUGGAUUUCUCCUUGGUAAUCAUUGUAGGUUUCAAAUAUGCAGGGCUCACCUCUCGCUAGGAUAGUUGUUCCCAGGUCACUCACUCUACCUUUAAAAUCCUAAGCUUGCUUAACACGGCCGUAACCCAGACCUGGUGUGAAGCCACCGUCAGCUGAGCGCCCAGCUGGUUCGUGUCUGCAUGAAUCGUCUCUAGCUUCUCCAAGGAAAGCCAGGCUUUCUAAAUUCACAUCAUCUUAGUUUAGUUAUCAUGUUGCCUACAAAUUGGUCUUCAGGAGUGUCAUGUUUUCUCCGAGUUGGUCUUUUUAGAAAUCAUCUUUUCUCCAGUGAAUGUCGAAAACCUCCACCUCAAAAAACUGAAGGACCCACGUCUGCAUUUUUGCUAGCUCUCUGGGCUUUAGGCCUUAAACUUAGUUCCAGAUGUUACACUUGAAGUGCCAAGGUCUUGAGUGUGAGGUGGCCCACUCAGAAAUUUGUUAUUUGGUAACAUUCUGUUAUCUGAAUCUCUCUCACAUGCAUUAUGAAAAGUGAUCUGCUUUAAAACACUGUAAUAUGAUCACAGGUUUAAAAUUAAAUAUGAGUAUCUACUAUCCUUUGCAAAAUAUUCCUUGAUAGUUUUAAUAUACUGUCUAAAAUACCAGGGUGAUGUCAAAUCUAUAGACCUCCAGAAGAGGUUGCCCAAAACAGCCAAAUUUAGAACACCACCUAUUUUUGCAUGGUCUUCUAGUUAAAAAUAGUUUACACAUGUUGUGUCGGAAAAAAAUUGAAUAUCGCAUGACACAUGAAAAUUAUUCAAAUUUCAGUAUCCAUAUACCAAGUUCUAUUGAAACACAGCCACACAGAUUGGUUUAAGAACACUGUCGUUACUUUUGCACUACAACAGCAGAGUUAAAUAGCUGCAGCUGACCAUGUGGCUUAUGAAGCCUAAAAUAUUUACUUACUUUAUAGAAAAAGUUUGCCGUACCCUUUUCCAGUCCUAUCAUCCUUCCCCUUCCCUCAUUUGUAUUUAGAUAUUAGUUUCUUUAACAGAAUGCACAGGUAAGGCAUGCACACUAAUUUAUGCUUUAAAAAUAUUCUGACAUCCACAGUCAGUAGAAUAAAUGGCCUGCUGAAAAAAAGACAGGAUCAUAGCUACAGAAGCUACGAAAGCAUGACUCAAAGUGAAGCCUGCUUAGAAAGCUGUCAGAUGUUUACAGGUGUGGCUGAGGUCCUGGCCUUACUCUUACAUUCUUAAUCUCCAGAAUCACCUUACUAAUAAGCUAGCAAAAAUAAAAAGUGGAGAACAGGGCUCUGCCAUAGUCUUGGGGUGGCAGCUACACCGGGAGAGCUGUGCAGAGCACUUUGAGCCCUGGGUAUCAUGAGCUUUGAAACACUGCAGUAGACAGCUUUGCACAGGUGACGAAAUUUCACUGACUUCAUAUGCUUCAUGUCUGUCUCCCACCCACCUUCCCGAUGUGCUCUCGUAUACACAGGUCUGUUCUCUUCCCUCCAAAGCCAUAGUUAUCUACAUUUCCCUUAUCUUCCCUUUCCACUGACUAUCUUACUGAACUGUGUUCUUUUUGGGUCUCCUCCCUCAUAAAACAUCCAGCUUGUCUGAGAGAAAAACCUUGAGCAUACCCUCUCUCAGCCCAGUGCCGUCUUUGGAAGCCCGAACUAUGCAGUUGAUGUGAGUCCAGUGACCCAGUAUUCCGGUUUGUUCACCCGUUUGCCACUGUUGCCCUGGCGUAAUUAACAAUGCCCCUUUUCACUCAGCCGUGUCGCAUUCUGGAAGCGGAAUUACACGGUCCCUCUAGCCACAGGAUGUAAGGAGGAAUCUGGUGUUCGGUCGAGUGGUGCAAGCCUGAGGACAGAGCAGUUGAUCGAGGGCUCUCAUUAUAUACAAACAGACACGGCAGCAAUCUGACCAUUCAUAUUUUCUUUGAACUUGUGCAACCUGUUCAUGGAAGAACACUCAGGUGGUAUUCUUUUUGAAGCUUCAUCUUCCUGUAUGGAAAUUGCGAGCACCUUUCCCAUCCAGUAGCUUUGUUUGGGCUGCUCUGUCGGCUGCACAGCCAUUCUGAUACUUAGGCAUCUGCUAUGUUAUUAUCUUUAGAAGACAAAUUAAUUGCAUGUGCUAGAGCAAAGCCACCGUGUAAAUUCAAUCCAAGUAACUAGAAUUCUAGAAGCAUCCUGAAAAAACAAUCCCUGAGCAGAUAAGUAGAGAUGUAAACAUGCACAUUAUUAGCUAUCUAGCUCUUGCAUUCUGAGCAUUCUUGCUGUGGUUCUGACUUCUGGAAACUGUUUUUGCACUUUUCCUGUGGAUCUGUAGUCAAGGGAACCAAAGGGUCACUGGGGCAAAAGUCUUGUUUCCCUAAAAUGGCAACUGCUCUCCACUUAGGUCCGUAAUUAAGAGAAAGAAAAUCUGCACAGCAGAUACUGUCAAGGAGUGAGAAAGUUUGUUUGAGGGCAAUAGCUGGGUGUGGAAGAAAACGUGAAGUUCAUGUUGAAGCCAUACAGUGUUCUAUGGGGUUAUCUUUUAAGACAUAUUCUGACAUGUGUGAAGAAGUCACUACUCCAGGCCUUUGUGUUACCGUUUAAAGGAUUCAGCUCUGGUCCUGUGUUUGCUACUCAUACAGUCACAACGCCUCAGUAGUUUGCCCCCUUAGAAAUAUUUAGAUGUGCACAAAUUAAUCUUUUAUAUAUUGAAAGGUUUUUUUUACCUGGUAUUAGAUUGCUCAGAAUAAAGUAUCUAUUAGAUUUUGUUUCGGUAAAUCUCCCUAAACAGUGUGGAUUAAUAAUAUAAAAAAUAUGUAAUGCCACCUAUAGCCUCUCUGUAUGGUUCAGAAAUAAAAAUUGAUUCCACAAGUUUUGGGCUUUAUGUCUUUGACUCAGCAAGACUCUGUGUAGUAUCACUUAUUCAGAAGUUUUGUGUGGGUGUUGGCACCUGGUAGGUGAGGACAGGAUACAUUUUGGCUUUCUUGUCACCCAAGUUUUAUUCCCUUUCCAGUUCUGCCUUCCACACCUGAAUGAUCUAAGCUUUCCACAUGUGUUGUUUACUCGCUAGGUAACAAGUUCUCUCAGUGGUAGUGUCUCCGUGUUUUAUGGUUACCUGACUUUGACAACCUCUCUUCUCUGUCCCUUGCCUUUUCGUGGCAUAUAUGUUUAUUCUUAAAUUAAAAUAUGUUAAAUUGUUCAUACA